GUCAUUGGGUUCGCUGGGCGUUUGUUCCUGUUUCUCUUAUGUUCUUAUUGAUUUGAUUCUUCUUUUCUAUCCUCUGAUCCAUUCAUAUAGGGUGACUCGAAGAUCUGACUUGGUAUUUGGGGUUACGUUAUGUUGUGAUCCACAAUCAUAUACCCCAAGCCAAAUAGACUCCUCACUCGGAGGAGAACUUUCCUGUCCUUUUAUCGACCUAUAUUCUUCUAGUCAACUUAUCUUGGGCGUUAGAUAUCAGGGUUUCAAUGUGAAUCACUGAAGAUGGCGCAGAAUGUGGACUUCAACGCCUUGAGGGCGCAGACUAUGGGGUCGGGCAAUGACGAGGAAGCCGUCACAGUGGACACGCGUGGUUUGAUCUCGAAAGUCCUGGCGCGGUAUUCAGGGAAAUGGACAGUCUUACGGGAAAUGAUCCAAAACGCCGCCGAUGCCAACGCCACCAAAGUGACCAUCAAGUUCGAGACGAUCCCUUCGACAACCGUUCCAUUGCCUCCGUCGGCCGAUAACUCGACUAUCAUCAAGCAUGUCAUAUCAAAUCACACCUUGAAGCGUCUAUUAAUAUCGAAUAACGGCACCCCAUUCAGUGAAAAGGACUGGGCUCGGUUGAAGCGCAUUGCAGAUGGCAAUCCCGAUGAAACGAAAAUUGGAGCCUUUGGUGUCGGUUUCUACAGUGUCUUUGACGAUUGCGAAGAACCGUUUGUGUCUUCAGGGACAGAUGCCAUGGCUUUCUAUUGGAAAGGGAAUGCUCUGUUUACCCGCCGAUUGCAACUGAACGAGGCGGCGAACCCUGAGACGACCUUCGUACUGGACUAUCGUAACGAUACUUCGCCUAUUCCCUCAUUGAUGCAGCUAUGCCAGUUUUUAUCCAGCAGUCUUACUUUCGUCAGCCUUGAAAACAUAGAGUUGUGGUUGGAUGACUGGAAUGUACUGCGACUCUCCAAGAAGAGAGCCCCCAGCGUCGAUGUGGCGAUCCCGAGGGAUAUCGAAACCAAGACUCCGCAAGGUCUCAUGAGUAUUGUCAACGUCGCUCGGGAAGUUGCACAGGUCGAUGCUGCCUGGAUGCGAGUGGUGGAGUGGAAUCCCAAUGCGAGUUUCCUGCGGGAAGGGCUUCGGGACACGACUGGCUCACUCCGUACCUUUUUUUCUCGACUCACCGGACAGAGUGCCCCUGAAAAGCAAGCAAAGCCCGACCAGCAGGAAAGUGCUAACGAUACCUCGGAUCUCACUGGUCUUACUACGGCAUCGGUGUUCUUGCAUAUCAGUACCGCAGCUAUCCAAUCGUCCGUUGGCAGGUCUCUGAGCAGCGAGCUUGAACGCGCGACUCGCAAGCCUCCACCCAAAAGGUCCACUAUCGCCAUCUUAACCCCCUCAUAUGACACAAAUCUAGCGUCCAAAGCAUCCGGGGCGAACUCUGAAAUUCUCUCUUCUAUUCUCCCAUCGCGGGCAGGAAGGGUCUUUAUAGGGUUCCCCACGCAGCAAACCACAGGCCUGAAUGCUCACAUCUCGGCCCCGUCCGUGAUUCCAACCGUCGAACGGGAAAGCAUUGACCUCAACACCCGGUAUAUCAGUAAAUGGAACCUAGAAAUGUUGAGGGCGGUAGGCAUCGUCUGCCGCAUCGCUUGGGCGGCGGAAAUGGCAUUGAUUAAGUCCCGAAUAUCUUCAGCAAUAGAACCAUCCCGAAAUUCGAAGAUCCGAAAGCAGGACAUAGUGGGCGUGCUCCCAGAGGCAAUCCACACAUCGAAUCAAUUUGUGUUUCGGGAAUCGACACCAUCUUCGCUUCUGGGGCAGACGAUUGAGGAUUCGUUCUGGACGUGCAAUAGGAAAGCUUCUAUCGAAGUUCUAUCAACGUGCGGUGUCAUCCAAAGUCAUCAGGCGCGCAUUGCUCCCAAAGAUCUCAGUUUCAUGGACUCUAUUCCGGUCUUGCCGGAUGAAUUUAUAUCGGGCGCGAAAGACUUCGUCCGAAAACUAACGGAUUUCGGUCUGGUCACUGAUAUCACAGUCUCGGAUAUCAAGCAGGAAUUAGAAUCCAGCACGCUUCGCUCUGGUCAAGUCAUCGAAUUCCUCUCUUGGCUGGGCCGACGAGCUGCCUCGGGGCAGCUCGAUCCUUCCUCUGUGCAGACCCUUUUAGGAGUCGCGGUGGCGAGCGACGACGACGGAUCUAGUAACACGUCUCGUUUACUUGUUUUCGCCAAUAUCCAGAGUUUUCUGAAUGCCCAACGAGUACCCGCCGAUAUGCCCUUGCCGCCGAAUGUAAUGCCUUUUAAAUACACCAAAUCUCUGGCCAAACAGGAGCUAGAGGCCUUUGGGUGGGUGGAGCUGCAGACAAUCCCUUGGAUCCGUUGGCUUAUGAACAAUGCCGGAAACCGGAGCGCACUUUCUCUGGAGCAAGAUAUUACACAGAAUGCCUCGUUUUCCGGUCAGGUCCUGGCUGUCCUAUCCAAGCAGUGGGAGCACCUAAAUCAGCCAUCAAGACAAACCCUGAUUGCCCUACUCCAACCUCACACCAUCAUGCCAACGAAACUCGGGAUGAAGCGGCCUGCAGAAACCUACUUCCCCUCUGUGCGCUUGUUUGAUGAUCUUCCUGUCGUGAAUUCGCUAAAUAGUGUCAAAGAGAAAUUUCUGGUCGCGCUGGGGGUCCGCAAAACUGUGGAUCUCGGGGUCAUUUUCGAACGCCUUCUUGACCCAGCCGGCCAAGACCCAUCCAGCGCGGAGGCUGCCAAUGGAAGGAAAUGGAGCCAUGUCGAUUUGAUCCGUUAUCUUGCUUCAGUCCGUGACGAUAUUCCCGCAAAUGACAUCAAACGAUUGAAAAACACCAGUAUCUGCACAGCUGAGCCGCCUAGCGGCGAUUCUGGUGCUUCUUCCAGGAAACGCUACAAGAUCUUUGAGCUGUUUGAACCGAAGGAUUCUAUCAGAGCCCUUGGGCUGCCUGUGAUUGAAUGGCCGGGAAAAUAUCAACCCAACAGUCGCGAGGGGAAUUUCCUUGCCACGUUAGGGCUUCGGAGUUUCCCAUCAGCCCCGGAAAUGCUGCAGAUUAUCACCAAGGCCGCAUCAAACAAUGAUUGGAGCCUCCACGGAAAAGCCAUGUCGUAUUAUAUUGCCGAAUAUCACGACAAUGGCUACUCGACGUUUGAUUGCAGCUCAUAUGAUGUUCCAUUCUUGCCUCUAGAAGGAUCGAGCAGCCUGAGUGUCCCGAUGCAGUGUUUCACGGAUGAGAAUGCCACUUUGUGUGGUUUCAAGAUCUUACGGCGAGACCUACAUCCCCAUGCUUCUAAGUUCGGUGUCAAACAACACCCUUCGCUUACCGAAUGCCUGGAUUAUUUGAUCCAACACCCCCCUUCGACAAAACGCGAUGCCCGCGUUCUCUUCAAAUAUCUCGGCGGAAGGGUUGGUGACCUCAAAGCACGCGAUAUCGACCGUGUUAGUAAUGCGCAGGUUGUACCCGUUUCAACAUCUCGGGAUGCCCAGAAGGGGUCAGAUGUACGCUGGGUGGCACCUAGACUUUGUUAUCUGGGAGAGGGUGAGGAUUACCGAGACAUCUUUGAUUUUGUCGACUUUGGGCAAGAAGCAAAUUUCUUUCUCAUGGCGGUUGGCUCCAAGAGGGAGCCAACCAAGAUCGAGAUCGCCCGCAUGCUAGUCAAAGAACCAGCAAGGAUUUCUUCGACAUUCCAGAGCGCAGAUAAGUAUCUUAAACUCCUGAGAAUGCUCGCGGAGAACCUCCUUGUCUUAAAAAGGGAUCGGGAACUUUUCAACGAGAUGAAAAGAUCUCCGUUCCUCUUAGCCAGCAAAGACAUCACGUCUCUUUCCCAGGAGAAAAAUGAGAAACACAAUCUCAUCAACCUAGACUCCGACUCGGAUUCGGAUGGAGAACAGAGCAUCAAGGAAUGGACGCUGGUCGUUGCAAAAGAUGCAGUCAUUGUCGAUGAUUUCCAAAGCUUCAAUCUUUUCCGAGAACACAUGCUGGUGGCACCGCAGGAAGAGUUGCUCGAGAAUUUUUAUCUCGCCCUGGGGGCAGCUCCGCUGAGCGCACUCGUGGAGGAACGGGCUCACUGGGGUGCCGUUGCUGCUGAUCAACGCCCAGCGGCGAAAUUACAGAAGUUGAUCAGCGAACGCUCGCGGCUUUUUCUACAUGACCAGGCCACCGAUGCUAUAAAACACGAUGUCCGAUGGCUUGAGAAAUUCCUCCAGGUGCAGGUGGUGCAGUCAAUUUCCCUCACAAGGUCUCUUAGGGGACGGCGAAUCUCGCAUACUCAAAAGCGAAGCGCCAUCAUCACGCAACAGCAAUCUAAGUCAUGGGUUUUGUGGAUUUGCCCCGGCAAGUAUGAUCUUUAUGAGAUCAGUCAAGCUCUUGUCCAUCUCAUCCUUGUCCGGCCAAAGCUUCACUCUACUCUUACCUUAGAGAUGCUGUUGAAGACUGAUUUGUUGGAGCUAAAGACUCGUGGAUAUAAUGUGGAGCGCAUUCUCAAGGCGAAGGCCUACGAGGCCCGGAUGGCAGAGGAUCGGCGCCAGAAACAGCUGGAGGAGGAACGGCAACGGCUUCUCGACAGAGAAGCUGCAUGGUCGAAAGAGCGGGCUCUGGCACCGGCGCCAACACCAUUGCCUGAGGAGAAACAGCAGUCUGGAAUGCCUGGUGAUUUCCCCGACACGUCUUCUAGUAGGGAUGUCGGUGCCAAUACGCAGCCAACGAACCCCGAAGAGCCUCGUCCGCGCGGGCUGUUCGCCAGUCUCUCCAAGCGUCUGGGGCUGGAUAAUGGGCGUCCUCAAAACAAUUCCCCGGGCGGUGAAUCUCCUCAGUCUCCAACUGCAGACACCCCUCCCCCACCCUACUCGAACGAAGAUCCCCAAAAGUCGUCUCGUCCAGAAGCUCCUGUGACAGUCAGUUCUCCUCACCAGCUACAGUCACAACUUCUCUCUGCUGUUCAGGCCUGUCGACCUCAUGGCUCGAAUGGGGUUUACAGUCGGCCCGAAACCAAUCAAAUCAGCGAGUCCAAGUCGUACUGCGACGAGAAACCCAGCCAGGACCUGGAGUUUGCCGCGACGCUCCCUUGCGGUAUCAAUGUGCUUUUCGUGAGGACUUUCCCCGAUCGGUCCAAUUUCCUCGCCCAGCACGGUGUUGCAAUCAACCUGUUUGCCUCUGUGCUGCUGGACUGCGGUGCGGUCUUCUCCCUGCGUGCGAACAUCCUCAGCAUCUUCUACGACCCCGGCGGGAAGACCAUUGCUUUCAACCGAGCGGGCAGUAUCUUUUGCAACUACUUUUACUUCCAGCAACUGCAUGAAAAGGAGUUGCUUCAGACGCCUGCUGGUAACAAGACCGACGCCUUGGUAUAUUGGUGGGUUAUCUUGUGCCAUGAACUGGCCCAUAACCUCGUGGGAGACCACAGUUCCGCCCACAGUUUCUACACCGAAGGAUUUGUUGCUCAGUACUUCCCUAAGAUAGCAGCUAAGCUCGCCACGAUCAGCCAGUAGCUAGCGACCUGGUGCGACUCAAGUCAUUCUACAGGCGACUGUCCACAAUCAGGAGUUGUAUGUAACUUCUGAAUGAGUACACGCCGCGUGUUGUCCGGUUUAGAUUUCGAUAUUAGAGUGACUAGAUCUGUGAUCUGUAUAUCUAACCCAAGAUAUACACAAUAUAUAGUACUCACUAGAGCACUUUAGCCGUGUCUCCACAUCACACUACCACGUCUAGCUGCAUGUGGAAAGCAGCACUAUUAAUCUAUUAUCGACGAUAAAUGACGGUGCCUCUGAAUGUCCAACUAUAGCACCGAUCCCAUGUCAAUAUUAUCAAACAAUAUUGACGGGUUCUACUGCUCCGUAGAGACACACCCCACCUGAUAAUACUAUGUUACUGUUAUUAAU